UAUCAAUGUAAGGAAACAGUCAUAAUUAUGAUUUUUAGCCGCUUCAUCUGCUUUCUGUCUGUUUUGCCUCAGGAUAAUCCCGCUCCCUCGCACUGUUGCUUGGCAACGCCAGGCUCCAGGGACGCGUCCGUCGUUUCUAGAGGGAAUUGUGAUGAACACAGACCCCGUCGGGUACCAGUAAGACAGUACACAAUGUCUGUCUCGGUAGCAGCAGUUGUGCACAACUGUGAUGCACACGGCAAGUGCAUAAAACAAUCUCUGGAUACUGCGACAGUUCACAGAUUUGUGAUAGGUUACUGCUACUAACGACCCUCAGCUUUUGAUUCUGUGUACGAGACAGCAGCACAGCCUCCUCUCUUGUUCCAGACGACAGAGCACGCUUUCGCCUUGGCCUUCUCCCGCAGAGCUAGAACUGAGACCGAGGGACCCGACCCUCUUCUUUCUGCAGUCGAGCCCCUGUAGCCAGCAACCCCCCCGCCCGCCUCGCUGCUUCGCAGAAACAUGAGAUCACAGCACGUCGAGGCGAGUGACCAGUCCUGCCCUCGCCUGUCUGUAAGGGCUUGUGCCGAUGGGCUGCUCAUCGGCUUUGCCCACUUGCAACCUUUACUAGAGGCUGCUUUUCAAGAGCCCAGCACAUUAGUAAAAACAGCACUAUGGAAAAUACAGACUUACUCUAUCGGGUCUGAUACAGCGAAAAAAAAAGCUGAAGGAUACAUCAGUCCGGACACAACAGCAAGACUCUCACAUUCAUAAAGAUUUAUUUGGCUCCUUUUGGAGAUACCGGCUGCCUUUCUUGCACAGACCACAGGCUGCUGUUAGCUGCUCUCUCCCUUAGUUUCACUCCUUCGAGAGUGUGGAAGGACAGGCGGCGCUGGGAUGAUUUAUAAAGCGAUUCCUCGCCCCGUGACCGAGGGGCUUCAGUGGGGUCCGUGACACUGCCGUGAUGCUGCACUCGGAGCUGUAAGCUAGCCCGAUCAUCCGCGCACGACCUUACAAGGAGACAUGCCAAUUCUCAAGAUGUUUAGGUUAGUAAAAUAGGACACGUGGAAAUACAACAGUUCUGCUAACGACAGUGGUUUUCCCGAACCGCGCAUUUAUCGAGCAGGGCGGCUCGCCGGAGUCUGCUCCGGCCGCCUGGCCGCUCCUGGACCUGAGUCUCAGUCGAAACGCCAGGUCCCUGCUCUCGUCCUCCGCGCAUGGCCAGUCCUUCAGCUCUGCUCCUGCAUCUGUCUGCACGCUGCCUCCCUCAGCACCCUGCAUCCUUCCGCGACAUAAUCACCGCCUUACACACCACAGCACACAUUUUCAGGGUUCCGUUCGCGGGAGGAUGCGAGUGCGGGAUGAGUGAUCCCGGUUGGCGAUGGAGGCUCUGAACGCCGUGGAGCUGGAAGACCUGGGCGAUGCGAGCGUGCGGCUCUCCGCCCGGCCAGCGCCGCGGCCGGCUCCCGGGGCGGGCAUCGAGAACGCCUCGUUUCAGGGCGAGGAGCAGGAGACGGGCUUUCCCGGCACCUCAUCCGGCAGCCCGGCAGGCUACGGGUCCUCCAGUAUCGGGGGGGCACCCUCGCAGCCCCCGGCAGGCCACAGGGAGGAGCUCUCCCCUCGCUCCGAGGAGGAGCGGGACGCGGAGCCCAGCGCGCACUCGGUCGACUACGGAUUUAUUUUCGCCCUGGUGUUCCUGAUAAGCGGGAUUGUCCUGGUGAUCAUAGCCUACACCAUCCCCCGCGAGUCCAAGGUGAACCCGGACGCGGUGACGGCGCGGGAGAUGGAGCGGCUGGAGAUGUACUACGCCCGGCUGGGCUCGUACCUGGACAAGUGCAUCAUCGCGGGGCUGGGGCUGCUGACGCUGGGGGGCAUGCUGCUGUCCGUGCUGCUCAUGGUGUCCAUCUACAAGGGGGACCUGUACCGCCGGCGGGCCUUCGCCCUCUCCCGGCGGCCCAGGAAGGCCUACGGAUCGAUCAACCUGCGGAUGAGGCAGCUGGACGGCGAGGGCAGGGAGUGGCUGGUGGAGGCGGAGCCGGGUCCUGCUGGGGCGAGCGAGGAGGCAGCCGGCUAAGCUGCUGCCCGGGUGUGCAGUCUCUCAGGAGGCCCGGGCGAGCCGGCAGGGGGAACCCGCGGUGCCUGGCCGGACAGUGAGCGAAGGGCUCUGGCGGCAGGGCCGGCGGCCAGGCGAGGGUAGUUUCCAGGUUUGAACCGCGCAGAAGUGGCACCGCGAAGCGAGGAAGCUGGAGCUCAGCCUACAUUCUUAAAACGGUUCGUCGUAGCACAGAGGAUAAACAGCAGCACAACUUUAGACCAUUCUGCAAUAUUUUGAAGUAUACAUAAAUUAUUUCAUUUUAAAUGUGGAAUUAUGAAAUGAUAUCAAUUUUCAGUUAAUGAAGACUUUAACGAAGCACAGCGAGCACCAUAAAAGACAAUGUCAUAGUGCAGUUGAGUUUGCUACUGAUAGAUUAAUCUAAGUUGCUUUAAGAGAAAUAGUGAGCAUGGUGUUUGAUAGAUCUGAAUAGUGGGAUUAUAUACAUUAGAUGUGUUUUAUAAAUUAAAUUGAGAUACUAAUAUGCCUUAAGACAACAUGCCCAGACCCUGUAUUUGUGUGUAGUGGGGACGCUGACUCCACACAUGGCAGCCUGUCAGCUCAGCUCGGGGUUACAAGUGGAACGUCAUGAGAAGCUCCUUAGAAAUACUGUCGUUGAUCGAAAUCAUCGAUUCUCGUUUUGUACUGUAAGAGUUCUUCCAAUGGAGUGGAAAAAUGAGUGACCUUUGCACAGACCUUCUGCAGACUCACUAAAGAACAGAAAGAUGAGGUUCAGAGUUUUACUCUGCUGUGCGGCAGGGACUGUUUUUUUUAACAGGAUUAGGCCGCUGUUCUAGCCCAAAGACAAAAAUAGAAAACUUGGCAUCCAUACUACAGCACACCUGAGUUUAAUACAGUGCCUGUAUGAGCACAUAUCUUCAAUCCAUUUAUUAGAAUUCCAACUCCAGGCUUUUAUCCCUGAGAGAUAGUUUUAAAUGACUUUUAUCCACACUCUGACACUACUCCAGAGAACCUCAGAGACAUUCAUGUAAAGCUCAUCCACGAUUUCUAAAAAACAAUUGUUUCAUGAAGGCACACUAAAUAAUAUUAAAUUAAAACAGUACACUGUCACCUCAUGAUCUCAACCAAGAUGAGAAACAUUUUCAAAGAGAUAACCAGACAGAGGUCAGAAUGUAGCCCUUUCAACUGACGCAGCUGCAGGUGAGUGGAAGAUAUAGGCAGGAUGGGAUUGUGAAGGAAUAUCUCAUUAACAGACUGGUACCCGCAAACAGAGGUGCUGGUUUGUUAGAAUACACAGUGUCGCCCUGAGUUCUGUGUAAUUUGAAGCUUACAGAUCAAGUGAAGUGGUUAAAAAGGCCUGAGAAACAUUCCUAUUUCAGCCCCAUGAAAUAUCUUGAGAGAACAACCUACAUAAUAAAAACAAUGAAGAGCUGCAGAAAAGAACAGUUUUAUAGUUUAUACGAAUGUAUUGGGAAAUGCUUUUUCUAAAGAAAGUUUUCCAGGCAUCCAGAAAUAUUACAGCUUUACACAAAACACAUUUACAGAUUGUAAAACAGUAACAGUCCUGUUCCAAACGGCAUCUAAAAAUUAGACGCCAGUAGAAAGUGACAAAACACUUUCUCCGUCCAAAGCACAGGGUUCUGGUUCUGACAUCUGCAAUGGCACCACGUUGGACAAUGUCGAAGAAUAACACGAUCAAAACUAUAAGGUGAGAAGCAAAUGUCCGCCGAGUGAGUAUCAGUGUUUACAGGGAUCUAUAACUGGCUUCAGAUACUUGAUGACAAGGGUGAAUGUGGGUCUAAAGCAAGAUUUUCAUGAGAUACAAAUUAAUUUGGGUGGAUUUAGGGUCUUGGCAGUGGCCAUUAAUAUAAUUUCUCUCAGUGUGUUUAUUGAAAUAAUAGUGGUCCAGUGAAGUGUAGUGAAUGACAAAGGCUUUAAUGUAAUGCUUACAAGAUGUCAUGUUGUGGAACUAUAUUAAAUUAGCUCAGCCAUUUUUUGGUUGCAUCCAUUGGGUUGCAUUUUCUUAUUUCCAUGCAGGAAAAGGGUUCCAAGAAGUCUAAAAACAUAAUUCCUAUUUUCCCUGCUUAACGCAUGCAUUUGGAGUAACUUGAUUGUGAUUGAUUAAUGUCGGGAGAUAGCUUAUUGAUCAGGAUGUGAUCCAGUCCUCAGCCUGCUGUGUGUCUCUGUGAAAUGUGUGAUUGUGAAAGCUACCACCUUGCGUGACAAAAGGGGACUCCUCCGUCAGUUCUCUGAAUGAGUAAGCUGAGCGUGAUUCAGCCCCACUCUGCCAACAGCUCAGUUCCAGAAUGGAAAACUACUCUGCGAGGUAUAGAUGGUAAAUUGUUAGUUACAGCUGAAGUGUCAGGAAAGGUCCUUUCAAGUUUUUGCUGAAGUGUCUGAUCGACACAGAUGCACAUGUGUGAACAGGUCUCAGUUAAUACAGGUAAAAUGGACUCUCCUCACCGCCAAAGGAAUAAUUUAGCAGGAGCAGGACUGGCAGGAUUGGAAAGUGAGAUCUAAAUCUUUGAUCACUACACAGUCUUGUCUGUGCUGAGAGACACACUAGGGUGCCCAGCCUGGCUCUGUACGGCCUGUGGGGCUGUAGGUUAAAUCACCAGCACCUGAAGGCUGGGGGAACAUUGUUAAAAUGUUCCAGUUAAGACAAUUGUGAGCUCAGCUGGGAUAUAUCCUUGCAGUUACACGAGCCUUCUCAGACCUGGACUGGUCACCCUUAAACUAGACAGUUUACAGUCUUACCCUAUAUCCUUUGUGACCAGAUUAGGAACGAGACUUGAAAUAAUACAGAAAUUCAACAUUCUUCUGCAGUUACCAUUUAAAAUGCAUGAGAGGGAAAUCUAGUAAUUACCCGUCAUAUAAUAUCACCACAGCUCUUGUACAGCAAAGACAAGCACCUGAGAAAGAAUCAUCUGCUCUUUACAUUUUAAGCAAAAUUUCCUGUAGUAGGUUGCAGAAUCAUUUACCAUAAAAAUCACAGCUUCGGGAAACUAUUUUUAAAAUAAUACAUUGUGUUCAUUUUUAUUUAACAAAAUACGAUGCAGCUUUCAGACUGAUAUUCAUUGCAGUGGGAAGUCGUCGCUGGCACAGAAGAGCUGUUCAGACCAGGCCACUCCCAAUCCACUCCAGAACUUGCAUUCAGCCCCUCUAAUUGUCUAGUAAAUCAUUCAGGAGAUGGUUGUAGGAAAACAGUGCAAGGGAGUGAAAGGGGUCCCAAGCUGAUGAGCCCUGUAGUAGAGGAUUUAACGUUUUGAACAGGGAGCUCUGUGUGCUACAGCGUGCAAGUGUCUGUAUUGCAGUCUCUGAAGGUAAUGACUGGGAAUAGCACAGCUCUUCACUGCAGUGCCUAAGUCGCUGACCUUGUUCAGCAGAGACUCACGCUUUCCAUGAUCUCAUCUGAAGCAGAACAGUAAGCAGCUAUUUCCACGGUGUCUUAAGUGACCAUGCACAAGAGUUAACGUUUUGGAGACAAAAAUGUUGAUGCAUGUGAAUUUCUGUAAAAUGUUGUGAAUCUGUUGAAUUUGCAGUAUAGCAGUAAUGUGAUAUAUGCUUAUUUGUACGCAUACAAAAUUUUGAAAAACUUUUUGAUUAUUUAAAUGUGACAAAUAAAACUUUUUUUUUUGCUUUUGA